AGUGGACUUUCCAGUGAGCCACAGGCUGACUGCAUCUCAAGAGUGGUCAUAGGACAGCUCCUGAAAUUGGGGGAACCUGCAUAGACCAGAUUUCCAAGCUGGCCUUAUCUGGAGAGGCAGAGGCAGAAGUCAGACUUUCCAUUGAGGCACCGGCUGUCUGCAUCUCAGGAGUGGUCAGUGGACAGCUCUUUGAACUGGGGGAACCUGCACUGACCACAUUUUCAAGUCAGUCUCUUCUGCUCUGAUUGCUGCUCCACCCAAGAGUUUCUGAUUCAUCGCAUCUGGGAGCAAGGCCUGAGACUCUCCAUUUCUAGCUGAGAAGCGCGGAGGCGAGAUGACUCCGUCUCCCAUCCCACGCAAAGAGCGCUUUGACGAGCAGCCCGCGGAUCCCUGUAAAAAUACAGGCGCCACCCAGCAGUCCGGCGAGAAGGACCGAGGCAGGGAUAAAGCUCGGAAGCGGCGCAGGGCCUCGGGCGGUAGCAGCAGCUCAGGGGCUCGGUCCCGCUCAGGCUCCAGCCGCGGCUCCAGCUCGCCCUCAGCAUCCGGCCGCUCGGGAUGCUCCAGUGGGUCCCGCAACUCCAGCUCCAGCAGCUCCCCCUGCUCUCCGAGGCCUUGGCGCCCCCGAUACCACAGGCGGCGGUCCGGUUCCAAACCCAAACCACCCAGACCAGACGAGAAGGAAAGGAGACGGCGCAGCCCCGCCCCUAAGCCCACCAAAGUGCACGUAGCGAGGCUCACGCGGAAGGUGACCAGGGAGCACAUCCGGGAAAUAUUCUCCACCUUCGGGAGAGUUAGAAAGAUCGACCUGCGCAGAGAAAGGAUGCGCGCGCAUCCGUCUCAAGGCCAUGCCUACGUGGAGUUCGAGAAUCCGGAAGAGGCUGCGAAGGCACUCAAGCACAUGGACGGAGGGCAAAUCGACGGCCAGCAGAUCACGGCCACAGCAGUGCUGGCCCCCUGGCCCCAGCCACCCCCCAGGCGACUGAGCCCUCUCCGGAGAAUGCUGCCACCUUCCCCCACUUGGCGCAGGGUGAGGAGGUGCAGGUCGCGUUCCCCUUGGGGCAGGUCCCCCGAGCGCCGGCGACCCCGCUGCCCCCGCCGCCGCCGCCACUGGAGCGGCUCCAGCUCCAGCUCCUGCCGAAGGAAGAUGGAAAAGUACUCAGGAUUGAUUCAAGGGCGGCAGGAGCUGAGAGGCCAUGGCAGCAUUGCCAGAUCACCGUGGAAGCGCUCCUAGAGCUAUAGGAAAUCUGAUUGAAGCAACCCAGUCUGAUGAAGAAAAC